CGUGAAGUUUCCUUAAUUGAAUAUAUAUAAUUUAAUUUUUAUUAAAACAUUUUCCCUCUAUUUUCUUUCCUCCUUCAGCAAUUCUCGAGCUGCUCUCUACUCUGCUUCUCUCUCUGUCUUGGUUUCUCAUCGAAUCUUAAUUUUGGUAAAGUGAAAAUCUUCGAUUUAGGGUUCUGAUCCGAUCGCAAAUCUUGAAGCUAAAUGGAUGAUCAAUGGCGUCCAGGAUCACCGCAUUAUCAGUCUCCGCCGCCGUGUCGAGCUCACCACGGAAACCAUACUGCUGUAGAUUGUCACAACGAAGCUGAUAGGCUCUAUACGAGAGCUCGAAUUGAUGCCAUCGGACGUCAAUUUAGUGGUGUACCGCCUCUUCUUCCGGUGUCACCACCACCGCCUCUGCCUCCAUCUCAUCACGGUUCUACUCGUCCUCCUCGAGGAUUACUAAUGAGGAACUUGUACUUUUAUGUCAUGUGCUUCUGCACAUUUGCUGUGGUGAAGGCCGGUUCGAGUCCACAGAACAACACUGACAUCAGACUUGAUGCUUUGUUUGCGAUAUUGGGGGAUUUCGGCUACCACCCUGUACUCGCUGAGACUUGGAAAGGGAAUAGCCCUUGCGACAACUGGUUCGGGCUAAUCUGCGUGGAAGGUCAAAUCAAGUAUAUAUUUCUCAUGUCCCUGAACUUGACUGGCUCCAUCUCUCCACGGUUUGCGGAUCUCACAUCAGUACAUGUGAUCGAUCUAUCCCAUAACCUUCUCAGUGGUACCAUUCCCUUCGAGCUUACCAAGAUGAAUCUGAGAAUCCUGGAUCUUUCCCACAACCAGCUACACGGGAAAGUUCCGCGUUUUGAGACACUGGUUCCAGUCACGGAAGGAAAUCCAGAGAUUGUAACUGCGGCGGGCAUCAUUCGCGUUCCUUUACAGAGAGGUGACAAGGAAACUGCAGGCGUUGGGGGAUUUUACGUUGGGAUUAUGGUUCUUGGUUUCCUGCUUAUUGGAGGAGCAGUCUUCCUUUUCUAUCUGGCUAAGAAAAUAAACCACCCGGUCUGACUGAUACUGCUUGUCAAGAAUGAAGUCUCCAACUUUUAUUAUGUCUAGUGUUGUUUGUUGUUUAGUAAGAGAUAGUCUAGUUUGACAAUGAUACUAUCACUAUGUCAUUACCUAAUAUACGAUUAAAAUAAUUUUUUGUACUA